CAGAAGCAGAAGCAGAGAGGAUUCUGGAAAGGUCUCUUUGUUGUCUAGUCCAGAGAGGAAGACAAAAAAUUGUAAUUCAUUUGUGAACCUCUGUGGCCAAUAGUCUGAACAACUGCUGUGGAAGGGACGUUGUCCUCUAACCAUCUUGGAUGCUGGGCUUUGUUACUGUGAUGCUGUGAUUCGGAAGGCUCUCUUAUCAGAUCAUGGAGCAAGAACGCUGUCGGGAAGCCCCAUCAGAGUCCAUGAGGGAUGAGAGAGAGAUCUGUCAAGGAUUUGUGGCAGAGUGAAACACAAACCAUCGAAAACACACAGAUCUCUUCUAGGGAUACUACGCGAACCAAUGAGCCCAUUCACAGGAGGGGCCUGGCACUUUUCCUGAAGAAGGUGCUGUGACUCUCAAAGGCAAUUCUUAUGCAAGAAGCUAAACGUCAUUAAAUGUGCAGGAUGAAAAGAUGGCACAGGCUCUGCUGGUACCCCCGGGACCUGACAGCUUCCGCCUUUUUACCAGAGAGUCUCUUGCUGCUAUCGAGCAACGUGCUGCAGAAGAGAAAGCCAAGAAACCCAAAAAAGAGCAAGAAACCGAUGAUGAGAACAAACCAAAGCCAAAUAGUGACUUGGAAGCUGGAAAGAACCUUCCGUUUAUUUAUGGAGACAUUCCUCCAGGGAUGGUGUCGGAACCGCUGGAGGACCUGGACCCAUACUAUAUCAAUAAGAAAACUUUUAUAGUAUUGAAUAAAGGGAAGGCAAUUUUUCGAUUCAGUGCCACUUCUGCCUUGUAUAUCUUAACUCCACUAAACCCUGUUAGAAAAAUUGCUAUUAAGAUUUUGGUACAUUCUUUAUUCAGCAUGCUGAUCAUGUGCACUAUUCUGACCAACUGUGUAUUUAUGACCUUGAGCAACCCUCCUGACUGGACGAAGAAUGUAGAGUAUACGUUCACUGGAAUCUAUACCUUUGAGUCGCUUAUAAAAAUCUUGGCAAGAGGGUUUUGUCUGGAAAACUUUACCUUCCUUCGCGAUCCAUGGAACUGGCUGGAUUUCAGUGUCAUCGUGAUGGCAUAUGUGACAGAGUUUGUAGACCUGGGCAAUGUCUCCGCAUUAAGAACAUUCAGAGUUCUCCGAGCACUGAAAACCAUCUCCGUCAUUCCAGGCUUAAAGACCAUCGUGGGGGCCCUGAUCCAGUCCGUGAAGAAGCUCUCUGACGUCAUGAUCCUGACUGUGUUCUGUCUGAGUGUCUUUGCUCUAAUUGGACUACAGCUGUUCAUGGGCAACCUGAGGAAUAAGUGCUUGCAGUGGCCCCCAAGCGAUUCUGCUUUUGAAACCAACAUCACGGCCUACUUUAAUGGCACAAGGGAUUCAAAUGGGACAUCUGUUAAUCUAACCGAGAGAAAAUUUAACUGGAAGGAUUACAUUGAUGACGACAGUCACUUUUACGUUUUGGAUGGCCAAAAAGACCCUUUACUCUGUGGGAAUGGUUCAGAUGCAGGCCAGUGUCCAGAAGGAUACGUCUGCGUGAAAGCUGGCAGAAACCCUAACUACGGCUACACGAGCUUUGACACCUUUAGCUGGGCUUUCUUGUCUCUGUUCCGCCUCAUGACUCAAGACUACUGGGAAAACCUUUACCAGUUGACAUUACGUGCUGCUGGGAAAACAUACAUGAUAUUUUUUGUCCUGGUCAUCUUCUUGGGCUCUUUUUAUCUGGUAAACUUGAUCCUGGCCGUGGUGGCCAUGGCCUAUGAAGAACAGAAUCAGGCCACGUUGGAAGAGGCAGAGCAGAAAGAGGCUGAAUUUCAGCAGAUGCUUGAACAGCUUAAGAAGCAACAGGAAGAAGCUCAGGCCGUUGCAGCAGCAUCGGCUGCUUCGAGAGACUUCAGUGGGAUAGGCGGAUUAGGAGAGCUCUUAGAGAGUUCUUCAGAAGCAUCUAAGUUAAGCUCCAAAAGUGCUAAGGAGUGGAGGAACCGAAGGAAGAAAAGAAGGCAGCGGGAGCACGUUGAUGGAAGUAACAGGGGAGAGGGAGGUCGGUUUCCCAAAUCAGAAUCUGAAGACAGCGUCAAACGAAGCAGCUUCCUUUUCUCCAUGGACGGAAACCGACUGAGUGGUGAAAAGAAAUUCUGUUCCCCUCAUCAGUCUCUGCUGAGCAUCCGGGGCUCCCUGUUUUCCCCAAGGCGCAACAGCAAAACAAGCAUUUUCAGCUUCAGAGGGCGAGCGAAGGACGUUGGUUCUGAAAACGACUUUGCUGACGACGAGCACAGCACCUUUGAAGACAGCGAGAGCAGGAGAGACUCGCUGUUCGUGCCGCACAGACAUGGAGAGCGACGCCACAGUAACGUUAGUCAGGCCAGUAUGUCAUCCAGGAUGGUGCCAGGGCUUCCAGCGAGUGGGAAGAUGCACAGCACUGUGGAUUGCAAUGGUGUGGUUUCCUUGGGCACCACGACUGAAACGGACUUGAGAAAGAGAAGGCUAAGUUCUUAUCAAAUUUCAAUGGAGAUGCUGGAGGAUUCCUCUGGAAGGCAAAGAGCCAUGAGCAUCGCUAGCAUCUUGACCAACACAAUGGAGGAACUCGAAGAGUCUAGACAAAAAUGUCCACCGUGCUGGUACAGAUUUGCCAAUAUGUUCUUGAUCUGGGAUUGCUGUGAGGCGUGGUUAAAAGUGAAGCAUCUUAUGAAUUUAAUUGUGAUGGAUCCAUUUGUGGACUUGGCCAUCACCAUCUGCAUCGUCUUAAACACGCUCUUCAUGGCCAUGGAGCACUACCCCAUGACGGAGCAGUUCAGCAGGGUGCUAACUGUCGGAAACCUGGUCUUCACGGGGAUCUUCACAGCGGAAAUGGUCCUCAAGGUCAUUGCCAUGCAUCCGUACUACUACUUCCAAGAGGGCUGGAAUAUCUUUGAUGGAAUUAUUGUCAGCUUAAGUUUAAUGGAGCUGGGCCUGUCAAAUGUGGACGGAUUGUCGGUCCUGCGAUCCUUCCGACUGCUGCGAGUUUUCAAGCUGGCAAAAUCCUGGCCCACACUGAACAUGCUGAUAAAGAUCAUUGGUAACUCAGUGGGGGCUCUGGGUAACCUCACCUUGGUCUUGGCCAUCAUCGUCUUCAUUUUUGCCGUGGUCGGCAUGCAGCUCUUUGGGAAGAGCUACAAAGAAUGUGUCUGCAAGAUCUCCAGCGACUGUGAGCUCCCACGCUGGCACAUGACUGACUUCUUCCACUCCUUCCUGAUCGUGUUCCGAGUGCUGUGUGGGGAGUGGAUAGAGACCAUGUGGGACUGUAUGGAGGUCGCCGGCCAACCCAUGUGCCUUACUGUCUUCAUGAUGGUCAUGGUCAUCGGGAACCUAGUGGUCCUGAACCUCUUUCUGGCCUUAUUGUUGAGUUCAUUUAGUUCUGACAACCUUGCUGCCACGGAUGAUGAUAAUGAAAUGAACAAUCUCCAGAUUGCCAUAGGGAGGAUGCAAAGGGGCAUAGAUUACGUGAAAAAUAAGAUACGAGAAUGCUUCCAAAGAGCCUGUUUUGGGAAGCCAAAAGUUAUAGAAAUGCACGAAGGCAACAAAAUCGACAGUUGUAUGUCCAAUAAUACUGGAAUUGAAAUAAGCAAAGAGCUGAAUUACCUUAAAGAUGGAAAUGGAACAACUAGUGGUGUAGGUACUGGAAGUAGCGUUGAAAAAUAUGUAAUCGAUGAAAACGACUAUAUGUCGUUCAUCAACAACCCCAGCCUCACUGUGACAGUCCCCAUUGCUGUCGGAGAGUCUGACUUUGAGAACCUGAACACCGAAGAGUUCAGCAGUGAGUCAGAGCUGGAAGAAAGUAAAGAGAAACUCAAUGCAACCAGUUCGUCUGAAGGAAGCACAGUAGAUGUGGCUCCGCCCCGCGAAGGUGAACAAGCAGAAACUGAGCCCGAGGAAGAUCUCAAACCGGAAGCGUGUUUUACAGAAGGAUGCAUUAAAAAGUUUCCAUUUUGUCAAGUAAAUAUAGAAGAAGGCAAAGGGAAAAUAUGGUGGAAUCUUCGGAAAACGUGCUACAGCAUUGUGGAACACAACUGGUUUGAAACCUUCAUUGUCUUCAUGAUCCUCCUCAGCAGUGGGGCACUGGCUUUUGAAGAUAUAUACAUUGAACAGCGAAAGACUAUCAAAACCAUGCUGGAAUAUGCAGACAAGGUCUUCACUUAUAUAUUCAUUCUGGAAAUGCUUCUCAAGUGGGUAGCCUAUGGAUUUCAAACAUAUUUCACUAAUGCCUGGUGCUGGCUGGAUUUCUUGAUUGUUGACGUUUCUUUGGUUAGCUUAGUUGCCAAUGCUCUUGGUUACUCAGAACUUGGUGCCAUCAAAUCCCUCCGGACACUCCGAGCUUUAAGACCUCUAAGAGCCUUAUCCCGAUUUGAAGGCAUGAGGGUGGUUGUGAAUGCCCUUGUUGGAGCAAUUCCAUCGAUCAUGAACGUGCUCUUGGUGUGUCUCAUCUUCUGGCUGAUCUUCAGCAUCAUGGGUGUGAAUCUGUUUGCUGGCAAGUUCUACCACUGUGUGAACAUGACAACGGGCGACGUGUUUGACGCUCGGGAAGUCAACAAUCUGAGCGACUGUCAGGCUCUUGGCCAGCAGGCUCGGUGGAAAAAUGUGAAGGUGAACUUUGACAACGUUGGCGCCGGUUACCUUGCGUUGCUGCAAGUGGCCACAUUUAAAGGCUGGAUGGAUAUUAUGUAUGCAGCUGUUGAUUCACGAGAUGUUAAGCUUCAGCCUGUCUAUGAAGAGAACCUGUACAUGUAUUUGUACUUUGUCAUCUUCAUCAUCUUUGGGUCAUUCUUCACUCUGAAUCUCUUCAUUGGUGUCAUCAUUGAUAACUUCAACCAACAGAAGAAGAAGUUUGGAGGUCAAGACAUCUUUAUGACAGAGGAACAGAAAAAAUAUUACAAUGCCAUGAAGAAACUUGGGUCCAAGAAACCUCAGAAACCCAUACCUCGGCCAGCAAAUAAAUUCCAAGGAAUGGUGUUCGAUUUCGUAACGAGACAAGUCUUUGAUAUCAGCAUCAUGAUCCUCAUCUGCCUCAACAUGGUCACCAUGAUGGUGGAAACAGAUGACCAGAGUAAAUACAUGACUAUCGUUUUGUCUCGAAUCAACCUUGUGUUCAUUGUGCUGUUCACUGGAGAAUUCGUGCUGAAGCUCGUCUCCCUCCGAUACUAUUACUUCACUAUAGGCUGGAACAUCUUUGACUUUGUGGUGGUGAUUCUCUCCAUUGUGGGUAUGUUUCUGGCUGAAAUGAUAGAAAAAUAUUUUGUGUCCCCUACCCUGUUCCGAGUGAUCCGCCUCGCCAGGAUCGGCCGAAUCCUGCGUCUGAUCAAAGGGGCCAAGGGGAUCCGCACCCUGCUCUUCGCUUUGAUGAUGUCCCUUCCCGCGCUGUUUAACAUCGGCCUCCUGCUCUUCCUGGUCAUGUUCAUCUAUGCCAUCUUUGGGAUGUCCAACUUUGCCUAUGUUAAAAAGGAGGCUGGGAUUGAUGACAUGUUCAACUUUGAGACCUUUGGCAACAGCAUGAUCUGCCUCUUCCAAAUCACCACCUCUGCUGGCUGGGAUGGCUUGCUGGCACCCAUCCUCAAUAGUGCACCCCCAGACUGUGACCCCGACACAAUUCACCCCGGGAGCUCAGUGAAGGGAGACUGCGGCAACCCAUCGGUGGGGAUUUUCUUCUUCGUCAGCUACAUCAUCAUCUCCUUCCUGGUGGUGGUGAACAUGUACAUCGCUGUCAUCCUGGAGAACUUCAGCGUGGCCACGGAGGAGAGUGCAGAGCCCCUGAGCGAGGACGACUUCGAGAUGUUCUACGAGGUUUGGGAGAAGUUUGAUCCUGACGCCACCCAGUUUAUCGAGUUUGUCAAACUCUCAGAUUUUGCGGCUGCCCUGGACCCGCCUCUUCUCAUCGCCAAACCCAACAAAGUCCAGCUCAUCGCCAUGGACCUGCCCAUGGUCAGCGGGGACCGGAUCCACUGCCUCGACAUCCUGUUUGCCUUCACAAAGCGGGUUCUGGGGGAGAGCGGGGAGAUGGAUGCCCUUCGGAUACAGAUGGAAGAUCGCUUCAUGGCAUCGAAUCCCUCCAAAGUCUCCUACGAGCCCAUCACCACCACUCUGAAACGGAAACAAGAGGAGGUGUCUGCUUCUAUCAUUCAGCGUAAUUUCAGAUGUUAUCUUUUAAAGCAAAGGUUAAAAACGGUAUCGAGGGAAUAUAACAAAGAGGCGAUCAAAGGGAGGAUUGACUUACCUAUAAAAGAAGACAUGAUUAUUGACAAAUUAAAUGGGAAUUCCACCCCAGAAAAAACAGAUGGAAGUCCUUCUACCACCUCCCCACCUUCCUAUGACAGUGUAACAAAGCCAGACAAAGAAAAGUUUGAGAAAGACAAAGCUGAAAAGGAAAGCAAAGGAAAAGGGGUUCAAGAAAAUUAAAAGUAAAAAAAAAAAAGAAAUCAUUAUCUUUGUGAUCAAUUGUUUACAGCCUAUGAAGGUAAAGCUUAUGUGUCAACUGGACUAGGGAGAUCUAUGCCAAGAGGCGAUCUUUGCCAAACUGACUGUUUCAACAAAUACUAAUGGUCAGUGCCUAUAACACAGCAGUGGCCUCUGUCACUGCCUCUCUGUGAGACAGGGUAUCAACAAGGACAAGAGGUUGCUCUUUUCACUACCAGAUGACACUGCUGAGGAGAAGCUCCAUGGCUACCUAGACUGUAGGGAUAGUUGUGCAAAGCGAUCAUUAACCACACCAUACACCUUUAGGACAUUACUCGCAUCGCUCUAUUUUUAACUUCCAUAUCUGCCAUAUUUUUACAAAAUUUAUUCCGGGGGAUUUUCCUCAUUCCUAAUUCAUAGGUUGUACAUGACACUCUGCUGUUAUUUUUGUAAGCGAGGUUUAAGUUGGGGAAAGUGCUUAAGAAGCCUAUUUUCCUCUUCCACAAUCCACUCUUUUGCUUGAACAAUGAAAUGUUGCUCAUCAGCAGGAAAAAAUUCUAACAUCAACACCAUUUCUUCCACUCUCCUGACAGCUCUAAUUUUGAAACUGUUUUACUCUGUUAUGUUUGUUUAUAUCUGAACAGUUAUGUGCCUGUAAAGUCUCCUCUAAUUUUUAAAGAUUAUUUUUAUGCAAAGUAUUCUGUUUCAGCAAGUGCAAAUUUUAUUCUAAGUUCCAGAGCUCUAUAUUUAAUUUUGGUUAAAUGCUUUUCAAAAUGUAAUUUAAUAAAUCUGUUCUAGAAAAGUAUCUAAAGUAUGGCUUCAGAAUAGUUGUUCCACUUCUGCUGCACCAUUGCUUUGCCAUUUUCUGCUCUUAGCAAAGCUGACAUUCAUGUCAAUUAAACACCCUUUAUGUAAAUAUGUAGUUAUUUUAUCCUGUGGUGCAUGUUUGGACAAAUGUCAUAUAUAUAUAUGUGUAUAUAUAUAUAUAUGACAGGCAUAUAUAUACAUAUAUAUGUAUAUCCUGAUAAACAACUUCUAGUAAAUCAAAUAUGUACCACAGUAUGUGUGUUUUGCAAGCUUCCAACAGAGAUGUAUUCUGUACCAUUCAUUAAACAUAAAUAGUUUGAAGGCUAUCACGAAUGCAUGUUACUAUUGCUAUGCUGCUCUCUUUUAUUCAGUCCGUUCUUCAGGAGUCUUGGUUAGAGGAAGUCACACAUUGGUAGUAGAGUGAAUUCAAAUGGUCAACCAGCUCUUAGUCUACUCUGUCAAGCAGAAUAGUUUAAUGUUAUUUAAACACACCUUAAUUUUGCAUUUUUAAUGCAACUUAACUAUCAUAUGGUGUCUCUAUAAAUUUCAAGGUAACACACUGCAUACUGCCUAUUGUCAAAACCUACACUUCAUAUUUUACUAAGACUACAUAAAAAAUGUUUAAAUAUAAAUAAUGUAAAAAUAUAAUCAAUUUUAUU